GUACGUCGACGGAGCGCUGUGGUCAGAGCAUCGCUAGUGGCUUACGCUCUCUGCCUCGAGAAACUGUGCCUAGAGCAGCUGAGAGCGGCUAAAUCUGUGUUGGUGGGAUAUCGGACAGGCAUGUAGGAGACGGGAGACGACCGCCGUCAUGGGCAACACCCCGACCAAGGGGCCACAACAGAAGAACAGGCGAAAUAAGAAAUAUGUGCACUGGGAGCAGGCAGUUCCACCGUGGCCACCCGGGAAACCGCACCUCGUCCCAGGCUCUCCGAACAGCCAGCCCAACGUCGUGACCAUUCGGUGGGACCCACCACCUGAUGAUGGAGGUGCCCCCAUCACAGGGUACGUGGUAGAGCACCGCAAGACUGGUACGCCGCACUGGAUGCGCGCGACCACGGACCUGGUGCUGCAGCCAGAGGUGGAGUUGAGCGGCCUAGAGCCAGGGUGGCGCUACCAAUUUCGGGUGACUGCAGAGAACGCAGCGGAUCUCCUUUCGGACCCUGGCGAGCUUUCGCAGCCUCUAACUGUUGCCAGGGCAUACCACCCGGCUACUAUGGCGCCACAGUUCAGUCUCCAGCUCCAGGACACUGUAGCCCUCGAGAAUGAAAAGGCUGAGUUCACAGUUAAUUUCCACGGGAUUCCCACUCCCAAAAUUGCGUGGUACAAAGACAGCUUUGAGAUUUUUAGCAGCAGGCGAAUGCGAGUGAUCGUUGAGAACGACCUGAGUGCUCUUAUCAUCCACCAGACAGCAUUCACUGACGAGGGAGAAUACAAAUGUGCAGCCACAAAUCGGGCGGGUCACGUUAUCACCAAGGCCAAGUUACGGCUAGAAGCGCCUCCUCGCAUUCGUAUACCUCGCCAAUACGAGGACGGCCUAAUAUUUGAAAAGGAUGAAGUUAUUCGCUUGAAGGUGUCAGUGGCAGGGCGUCCUUUGCCCCGGGCCACGUGGUACCACGACGGUGAGCCGAUUCCUUUCGGUGGGCGCUACGAGGUCAGCAACACUGACCGCUCCUCCGGACUGCGGAUCUCCGAGGCUCGACGAAUGGACCGCGGGGAGUACCAGGUGCGUGCUACGAGCCGGCUCGGAGAGGAUACAGUGUCCUUCCUGGUCACCGUCACAGACCGACCAAUGCCACCAGGAAGAACAGAAGUGGUGAAGGCUGCAGGUCGCUCUGUGACCUUGGUUUGGACUGAACCAGCUGACGACGGUGGCUGCAAGAUUGGCAACUACAUCGUCGAGUACUAUAGGCUUGGAUGGAAUGUGUGGCUGAAGGCUGCCACCUGCAGACAUCUGACAGCUGCCUUGUCAGAUCUGAUAGAGGGCUCCGAGUAUAAGUUCCGGGUGAAAGCAGAGAACCCUUAUGGUGUCAGCGAUCCAAGUACUGAAUCAGAAGUUGUGUUUAUUCCUGAUCCAAAACGAGGGUUGUUGGAGCGCCCUGUUCGAGCCAUCGGAAGCCAGACUGACAUUCCCCUUCCUGACCGACAGGUUGACAAGAAAAAUGAACCUUGUCACUCAAAAGACUCGAAGGAUUCCUCAAUGGGAAAACAUAGUGAGACAAAAGAGAUUAAGAAGAAGAAAGAAUGUGACAGGAAGAAGUUAAAGAGUGAGUUGAUGGAAAAGUUACAAGAUAGGCAUUCUGUGAUACAACACGAAGUACCAGACGUUGCAACAAGACAUAAUAAAGAAAAUUAUGAGAAGAGGUCAACUGAACUUCCAGAAGAUUUGCCAGAAAUUAAGAGGCAAAGAAAACCCAGUACAGGUGAACUGGAAGUAGAAGGAUUCCCGGCAUCGCUGUCGUGGAAAACUCCGACGGAGUCCGAGAAGAGCUUGAAGGCGUCAUUGCAGUUCUCACUUGCCAAGCGAAGAGGAAGCUCUGGAGAACAUGAUUCUGGUGUGUCGGAAGGAAGUUUCAGCUCACCCAUUGAAAACGGCAAGACGUCUAAACUUAACAGAUCUGUUAUGACUCCUGGGAACUUCAGGCACUCGUUUUGUUCACAGCUUGGAUGGAAUGUGUGGCUGAAGGCUGCCACCUGCAGACAUCUGACAGCUGCCUUGUCAGAUCUGAUAGAGGGCUCCGAGUAUAAGUUCCGGGUGAAAGCAGAGAACCCUUAUGGUGUCAGCGAUCCAAGUACUGAAUCAGAAGUUGUGUUUAUUCCUGAUCCAAAACGAGGGUUGUUGGAGCGCCCUGUUCGAGCCAUCGGAAGCCAGACUGACAUUCCCCUUCCUGACCGACAGGUUGACAAGAAAAAUGAACCUUGUCACUCAAAAGACUCGAAGGAUUCCUCAAUGGGAAAACAUAGUGAGACAAAAGAGAUUAAGAAGAAGAAAGAAUGUGACAGGAAGAAGUUAAAGAGUGAGUUGAUGGAAAAGUUACAAGAUAGGCAUUCUGUGAUACAACACGAAGUACCAGACGUUGCAACAAGACAUAAUAAAGAAAAUUAUGAGAAGAGGUCAACUGAACUUCCAGAAGAUUUGCCAGAAAUUAAGAGGCAAAGAAAACCCAGUACAGGUGAACUGGAAGUAGAAGGAUUCCCGGCAUCGCUGUCGUGGAAAACUCCGACGGAGUCCGAGAAGAGCUUGAAGGCGUCAUUGCAGUUCUCACUUGCCAAGCGAAGAGGAAGCUCUGGAGAACAUGAUUCUGGUGUGUCGGAAGGAAGUUUCAGUGAGGGCAAGCAGAGUUUCAUGUCACCGCCCCUCCUGCGUGAAGACGACAGCCUUCUGCAUGGUAGUUCGGAAUUGAUGCUGGUUCUGCUGCCAGAGGCUAGGAGCAUGCAAAGAGAAAAAGAUGCUGAAGGCAACUCAGAGUUCGCUAUAUUUGGGGACUCCAGCGUGCCGCCCCCGCUGUCUCUGUCAGCUCCAGAACUUGGAAGUGGCGAGCCCUGGGCAACAUCUUUACUGCGAAAUGCCGUCAGCUCCACAGAACUCCUACAUGAGCAGGCAAUGGAGAGGUUCUACCAGGCAGUAGCAGAGGAGGAGGCUGAGAAGAGUCGGAGGAAAGAGGUGAUUACGGAUCACAAAUCAGUAGAAACGCCUACCAGGUCGACGGAGACGGGAGAACUCUCGAGGAAACUACGAAGAAAUAGUCCGGAAUCUACACACGAGGAAGAACACGCGUGGCACCAAAGAAAGCACAAGGAACUGCAAGACAGGCAGACAGACAAUUUCGAAGCCGCACUUCAGGUGAAAAGAGCUUCACGACAGUCUGAAUUCAAUACGGAGUCGAUUCUAAGGCGAAGGGAGCCCGUGAAACUUUCCAGUGCGGAAGAAGAGCGAACCACGUUUGAAAGAAUGCGCAUGGAAACGGUAACAGAGGCCGAGGAAGGUAAAACUAAGGAAGAGACAGAAUUGUACGAAAGAGAAGAAGAAGAGGAAAUUCAGGAAGAAAACGAAGAAGAGGCAGAGGAAGAGGAAGAACUAGAAAAUGAUUCUUGUGAUAAUGAAGAAUUAGAAGAAGAGGAAUCCUCAGAGGAAGAGAGCAGUGAAUUUGACGAGGAAGAAGAAUUGUAUAAGAGUAUGGAAGAAGAAGAAGAAGAGGAAGAAGAAGAAGAGGAAACAUAUCAUCUUGGUAGCACAAUCACACGUCACAUUGACAGGUUUGCUGAACAGGAAGACGACACAUAUCAUCCAUGGAACAUGGUUCCAGCAGCGUCGAAUCUGGAGUUUCCUCUGGCCGGUUCACGCCGGCCAGAGCGACAGUUCACACCACAGUCGAGCGUCGAUGCCACUGCCGCCAUUAAAACAAUCCUGAAGCACAACAGCAAAUUCCAAGAUGACUUGGAAGACAUGAUAGAAAGAAGACUGAAGCUGCCAUCACGAGAUCUUGAACGCAGUCCUCCGAAGUCUUUUCGGGAAACUGUGCCAAAACAACUGACGUCAUCGUUUAUUUCUAACACACGUUCUCACUCGCCUUCUACUCGUCCCGAAUCACAGAGACCAGGACCGUCUCAGCUUGAUGUAUAUAGUAUGGAUGAAUUUGGAAUGAACGAUGACAAGAUAUCUAUUUCCGCAGAAAGUGCCCGAUUCCUCGAAAACCACGCUAAAAGCAAUAUUUCAUCGCCAGAACACACUAAACCUUCGGUAGAUCAUAUCAUCCGUAUAUCAGCACCUGCUCUGUCAGCCGCUGAAUCUGCCAAGCAGAAACGAAGGCUGAUACGUAAAGCUUCUGUGGAAGAGGAUACAGAAGCAAGCAAAGCAGUGGCCGAAUACUAUGGAGACAUUAUUCGUGACCACGCUCGUCCCAAGAAACCCGUCAGACAGUUCCUCAACACUGCCGAGAUGAAGGCUGCAGCAAACGUAUCACAAAAGCAGGAAAGCAACACGCAGGAAACGGAACCUAAGUUAUCACACAUACCACGGCCAGAACCGGAGACUCGAAUUAGUGUAGGGGCGCAGGUAUAUGCUGCAGAGCAGAGUGCACAUGACAGACACACUGCUCCAGUUCAGCGACCACAAACACCACUCAAAAAAUCAACAACUCCUGAUCUCGUCCUCAUUCGAAGUUCUUCAAAAGAUCGCUCCCCUGUGCCUUCCACAGAGAGGUUUUCUGCCAAACGGUUGAAACAGUUUUCAGAGGUCGCACGUCAUUUCUCCCCAGAGCGAAUCCAACCUGAGAAACCCCAGAUACCUUGCCCCAUCAUUCCCAAACAGGAUGAACAGUUGCAAGAAACUGAAAAGAAAUGGCGCUCUCUUCUCAGCUACUUGGCGGAUCUCGCGAUGUUCUUGGUAGCGUGCUGGCUGUAUGCCUUCAAGGAUGAACGUCUAGCAAUUCCAGUCCUGGUUCUUAUGGUCUACCGACAACUGCAUGAUGCCAUCAAGAGAAGACUGAAAAAAUUACCUCAGUUGCCUUGGAAACGAAGCAGUUAAUCCUGUAGACACUGCCCUUACCUGUAACUUUGAUCGCAAGUGUCAAGUUUUGGUUUAACAUAUUCCACUGAACUAAUGUUUGUGCACAGAAUAGAGGGAGUAACCAACAAAGCACCUAAGUGCAUGCACGUGUCUAGUGGUCCAAUUAAUGGUAAUUUAAGAUAAAGAAUGGCACCGAACUUGCUGCAAUCCAGUAUGGAAACUUUUUGAGACAAUUAUACUUUAAAAAUCUCUUAAAGUUUCGUUCCAUUAUUAAAGUUUUUCUCCAGUGUAUAAUGCUCAGCUUGCUGAAGGUCUAAAAACUGGUUGGUCUAUUUAGAAUGAUGUAGGAUCUAAUAAAAUUAAUAUAAAGUCGAUAACUUAUUCGUUAAUCAGGAAUAAAACUGCACAGUGCCUAGGUAAAAUAUAAACAUAUGUAAGAGUGCAAAAGAGCUUAUAAUGCUCCUGAUUGUUUCUACACAUAUUCCAAAUUUACGUUUCGAAGUUUAUUCUAACUUCCACAAAUACAUCAAAUUUUCAGAUAGAUACCGAGGUUUCUCUGGGUUACUCAACUGAUAAUGUUGAGAGGGGAUGCGUCUCUGCACUACAAUGCCUUAUUCUGGCUGUAACAAUGAUAUUACUAAUUAUGAUUUAUGCAGUAAUAUUUUACGUAGUGCCACAUUUACUGAAGUUUCUGCAAUAUUUGCCUACUCGUCUCACAUCAGUGUUCUGCCGUUUUAAAGCAACUGGAUAAAGGAAUUGCACAUUCUUUAUAAAAACAAUUGUCAGCAAGAUUCAUCUGUACUGGUGUGUAAUUUCCGACAGUUAUUGUACCAUAUAACUCUAUCCCGAGGAAAGAAAAAGCUUGUCAGAUCUACGUAAAUGUUACCAAUUCUAACACAGAGUUCUUUCCUGUUUAUCUAUUUAGUUUUGUGGUGGUGAUGUUUUGUCAAUUUAAGAUAUUUUAGCGGAUUUUCACGAGAUAAACCGAAUUUAGCUGUUCGUCUUUGCAAGGAAACAUGAAACAAUUUCCUGUCAGUGGUAAUUUAAAUUGCCUGCGAAAAAAAGACAAACUGUAACAGAAUGGAUUUUAAGCCCAUGUUCUUAGAGAAGAGAUUCAUCAGACUAAAUGAAUAUGUAUGUCCGAAGUUGUUUCUACUCCCUAAUUGAAGAGUAACAAAAUUACAUGUUUAUGUAAAUCAUCUAUUAAUAUGGCAAAUAAAUAAGUUGUUAAAAAGAAAGGCAA